AUGACUCAGCAGUUCGUAGUCCAGGUUCUGAUCUUCUAUCUGGUAGCCAUUUCCUCGUCCUUUCGUAAGGUCCAAGCCACCACGGAAGCAGUUGCCGGUAGUUCAUCUACCGAGUGCUGCAGUAAGUGCAUUGGGAAGACGUCCAAGGCCGUGUACAAUUACGACCCCGUGAUCUUUGAUCAGUGUACGGCAGUGCACAAUGGCGUCUGCUGCUUUGAGUGCGGGAACUUGGGCGACCCCAUGUAUGGCGACACGGUGUCGUACGGAGACGACGGCGUGACGGCUGUUGUCAAGGCGGGUUCGUACAUCUCGUUCACCUGGAGUGGCGUGGAGAACGUGACGUACGUGUCGCUCAAGACCGGUCAGAAGAAGACCGUGACGCCGACCGUGUCCGACCAAAAAGCGACGAUCAAGUCGGACACGUUCUUGAUCUGCGCCAAGUCGGCCGGCACGAUUUACUUUCGCGGGUGGGGCACUGAUACGUGUCGCGAGGCGUCCCCGGAACAUCUGAUCAAAGUCGAAGCUGGGGACUCGAAAAGCGACAACACGUGCGAUGCCGAUGACGUGCUGGCGAGUACAGCUUCGAGUGCUAGUAGAACAAGUUCAGGGACCAGUUCCGGUUCCGGGGCGAUGGAUGAGACGGUAAAAAGCUGCAAUGUCCAGCGAGCAAGUGUCCAGACAGUGGAUGGCGUGCGCACCUGCGUGUGCGUUUCGGACUGGACGAAUCCUCCAGAGUGUGAUCGCUGGCCGCUCUGGAAGUGGCUCGUGACAAUUGGCGGUGCUAUGGCUACGUUGUUUUCAAUUGCAUUAUCUGUGCGAGCUUUCGUGCAAAAUCGAAAGAGGAAGCAAGAGGGGGAGGACAAAGUGCACGAUGACUCGGACUCGACCAGUUACGGGGGUGCGUAUCAAGAGAAUUUGGCUCCGAUGGGUUUGAAGAGCGACCUCAGUCCAAUGGAUUAUAGGAUCGAAAGUGAGUACCAUAAUGCUGCAGCUAUGACCCCAUCGAAGGAAGCUGAACGCACACCCGGUGGUACUCGAAGACCGGAUGAGCGAUUAUUUUCACUUUAG